UCUUCUGACGUGGUGGAGAUGGCAGUGAACUUCGCCUGUGGCUUCACUGCACUUUGCUGUUUGGCACUCUGGAGCUUCACUGGCACUUCAGGUGUUACAAAUGUACCAUCACCCCACUCAACCGUAAGACCUGGCUCCCCUGUCCCAGUGAACACCAACAACCCUGGGGUCCGCAAGGCCGCUCGCUUUGGGGUCUACAGAUACAACAACAGCUCCAAUGACCUCUUUCUGUUUAAGGAAUCACAGAUAAAUAAAGCCAUGGUACAGAUUGUCAGAGGGCUGAAGUACAUGCUUCACGUGGAAAUCAAACGCACCGUGUGUGAGAAGAGGGGUCACUCCAGCCUGGACAGCUGUCACUUUCAGAGGGAAAAAAACCUGCAACGGAUGCUGAGAUGCUAUUUUGAGGUCUGGAUAACACCUUGGACACACAAAAUCCCCCCACUUCUGCAUACCAUGGAUGGAUUAUCAGGAUCCAGCACAACACUGGGAAUGGGACCUGGCUAAGAUGGAAGUGUUAAGGUUCUUAUGAGAAAUGGAACACCAGUGGCCUGGUUAAGCAGCCUGUCACCAUGCAAGGUUUGUUUCUCAGCACUGUACCACCCACCACAGCUGGGACUUUACAGACUUCAGAGAUAUUUAAUCUCUCAGACUGAAUAAAGCCUGUCUGACCAGCCUGUACAAAUAGAGGAAGCUUACGGGGUACAAGUCCAGUCAGUCUGCAGUACCCUUAAAAAAUAAAAAUUAACUGAGAACUGCGCUCUAUCCAAAGGUUACUUGAUUAAAUACUUUGGCAAAUAAAUCACUAGUGAUAACUGUGUACUAAGAGGCAAAGCUGUGCUUGCCCCAAGGGUGCAAAAGCAUCAGCAUAAAAGAAUCACCACAGUAGAUUUGCUUUUUCAACCCCAACUUGAGAUCACAUUAACUUUCAUAUCUCACCAGAAGAGGACAAAUAUUUGCAAGGGCAGGCAGAGCAGUGUGAACCAGCUGGUGCUUAAGCAGCCUGCCCUGGACUGGGUUUUCCCAAAAAGAGCAGCCCCUGGCCUGUACAGAAACAAAUAAACCUGAUCCAGGAGCCAUCAGCUAUGCCACAAGACUGCUGCAGCCUGGCAAUUACACAGAACAAGGUGACAGAAGCACUGACAGGGAAGAGCAAUUUUCAUUUGCAUAGCCCUCCAUUAAGAGAAGAGCAGAAAGCCAGAGAAAUCAGGUGACAUUUUUAGCAUCACCUUCCCCUUUUCUGGUGCUUUUUGUUAUAUAUUUAAAGCAAAUCUCUCUCCUUUGCAAAGGUGAAGAAAUGCAGCAAUAGUGUAAGUUUAGGUUGUAUUGUCACCCAGUGGCUGAAAAGGAGAGAGCAGCAAAAGCUUCGAUUCCUAAGUAUCAAUGCACUAAAUUACACAGCUGCUGAAGCAACCCCUUUAGUUCUUCAAGAUGCAAAACCUCUUAUUUAAAAUCACAGUAUGCUUUGGGUUGGAAGGGACCCCAAAGAUCAUCAGGGACACUUCCCAUGAGACUGGGUUGCUCAGACCCAGUCCAGCCUGGCCUUGAACACUCCCAAGGGUGGGGCAUCCACAACUUCCCUGAGCAGCAUGUUUUAGUCUCUCUGCUCCGUGAUCCUGCCAGGCACAGAGGUGAGACUGACAGGCUGUAGUUCCCCAGGUCUUCCUUUCUUCCCUUUUUUUAAAAAAAAAUGAGGGUUAUUUUCCCCUUUUCUAGUUGGUUGGAGUAUAACUGGACUACCACAGCUCCUCAAAUACAAUGGAUAGUGACUUAGCCCCUUCAUCCAUCAGUUCUCUCAGGACCCGUAGAUGCAUUUUAACAAGUCCUGUGCACCUUCAGAUGAUCUAAAUGUGAUCUCCUACAGCAGCUGAUUCUUCACUCUCCCAGUGCCUGCCUUUCCCUUCUGCAGCUCGGGCAGUGUGGCUGGAGCACUUCUGGUGGAGACAGGGAUAGAACAGUCACUGAGCACCUCAGCCUUUGCCACGUCU